AUGAAUAAAAAUAAAGAAUUAACCACUAGAGUUCUAUUUAAGUAUGGAACGAAGAUGGAUACCGGUUUGGAGACCGUGGUGAAGAUGAACGCUGAUUUUAGACGAAUUAAGAAAAUGAAACCGGAAUUUUUGCGCACUGUCUACAAAUGCUCUCGGAAAGUGUUCAAAAUUUGUAUGUGCCGAGGAGUUUGGUACGCUAUAGGCACCUAUCAAGGAUUAGCGGCUCAUAAGGCGGUGAUCCGCUCUUGUCUAAUGCCAUCAAUAUCGAUACACGUGCUGUCCAUAGCACUCUGCUUAUCGUCCGGAUUUCAACAAGGAUACAUCGCUUCGGUUCUCAAUCAACCAUAUCUCCAAAUCGAGAACUAUAUCAAUGAAUCCUGGGCCGAACGAAUGGAGAAGCCGUUAGACGAGGAUCUCUUGAACGUAUUGUGGUCCCUCUUGAACGUCUGCUUCCCGAUCGCCACAAUUUUUGGACAGUUUCUUGCCGCAUUUCUUUGCAAAGAAAUCGGACGGAAAGGCACUGCACUCCUCGCAAGUUCCCUCUACAUCCCUGGAGUGUUAUUGUGCGCGGCUUCGAAGUAUCUGCAUCCGUACUUCGAACUCCUUUACAUUGGAAGAAUACUCUGGUCUCUCGCCAAUGGUGUGAAUAGUGUGAAUGCGACCGUUUGGAUCGUCGAAUGUGCUCCUCCAGAGAUUCGCGGAAGAAUGGCCGCUAUGCAGGAAUUCUUUAUGGCGGCAGGUGCCCUCGUCACUCAAGCGCUUGGAGUUCCUUUCUCGGAAGACCAUCUAUGGCCGUACGUGUUCGUACCAAAUAUUGUUUUUGUGCUCCUCUCCAUGGGUUUACUCGCUUUUGUCUACGAAUCCCCGCAAUACAUCAUGGAAAAGGAAGGAAAUAAAACUAAGGCUCGAAGAGCACUUGCCGCUUACCACGGUGUAAGCGUUGAUGACGCUUCGAUUGAGGCUGAACUCAGGAUUUGUGAGGAUAGCGUUAGCAGAAAAAGUACUAAUGCUAAGAACGCAACAUGUGCCAUCCAAACCGAGCAUGACUCGGUCACAGUGAUUUUUAUGCCGUGGAAAGCUCGAGACGACACCUCGAAAGUGAUUCGGGAAGCUGCAUGGCUUGGAGUGAUGGUUAAGAUCGCCUACGUUUUCACUGGUGCUCGGUGCUUACGAGCGUUCAGUACAUUUAUCCUUUACGAUUUGGGUGGAUGGAGUUUCGAUAGCGCUCUUUAUGGAUCCUUUGUUACCAGUCUUCUCAGACUUCCCUUCACUCUGAUUCCUGUUUUUCUGGUGGAUCGCCUCGGGCGACGGCCGUUGAUGAUCACGUCAACGGUGAUCUCUCUCUUAUCGUUGACCACGAUGAUUGUGGCUAUCGAUCUUGGACCUAAUUUCAAGGUGGCCACACUGAUCGGACUUUCCGUGCUGCUUUUAAUCACCGCCUGUGGAAUCGGCUCCGUGUCGAGAUUUUAUGCGGCCGAGCUUGUGCCGCGUAGCCUGUUGAUUUCUUCCGUUUCGAUUCUGACAAUGUUCGAAGCGAUGACGAAAAUCGCAGUGGAAUUCGCAUGGUAUCCUAUUGCGAAUGUGAUUGGUGCACAAUCUCUUCUCAUGUUCCUGAUUCCCACCGCCUUCUUCCUUCUAAUUAUGUGGGCAUUCUGCCCGGAAACAAGCAAAAGAACAGUCAACGAGGUCCUCAACGAGGUGGCAAUGCGAAAGAACCUAAAAGUAUCGUUUCCGACGUAA